CAGAUUAUAUUUAUUUCACUGGCAUCCUUGUCAUUUUUAACAUGUCAACAAUGAUGAAACUUCAUCUGUGCUCACCAAUCCUUAUCGAAUUUGGGACAUUUGCGGGGUCAAGUUCAAUAUAUAUCACAUUAAUUGUGCAAUGUGAUACUAUGCGCACGUUUAUUUUAAUAUUUUCGUUUGAUAAAAAAACAUGUUUAACAGAGUAAGUGUACGAUUACUGAGACAAGUUCGAAAUGCAAGCUUGAAAACCGAAAUCGGCGUGAUCGGUGUGCCGUUCGAGAAUGGGCAACGCAAGGUGGGAGUCGGUAACGCACCGAAGUUCUUGAGGGACGCCGGACUAAUUAAAUCUCUGCAGAAAAUCCAUGAUAAAAUCGAUGUAAAGGAUUACGGCGAUAUUGUAUACUCGAUUGAUCACGAUAUUUCGAAUAGCGUUCCCAAUAUGCUAAUGUACGAGCAUAUGGUAGCGUGCACGAAGGUGCUUUCAAAGCAGGUCACUCGGGUGUUGAAUGAUGGCAGAAUUUGCCUGACGCUCGGCGGUGAUCAUUCAAUCGCUCUGGCCACAGUCGAUGGCCACUUACAAGCGAAAUCGGACGUUGCAGUCCUUUGGAUCGAUGCACAUGCCGAUAUAAAUACAAACUUAACUUCAGACUCGGGUAAUUUGCACGGCAUGCCCGUAGCUUUACUAGCGAAGGAACUGUCGGACUACUGGCCGUAUCUGCCCGGUAUGGACUGGCAGAAACCCGUUAUGUCGAUACGAAACAUCGGAUAUAUUGGUUUACGAUCCGUCGACAGUUUUGAAAGAUUACUAAUCGACAAUUUGGGCAUAACCGCUUUCGGAAUGGAAGAAAUCGAGAAGUACGGCAUUCACCAGUGCGUCCAUAUGGCGCUAGAUAGAAUUGAUCCGACGCAUACGAAAUCGUUGCACGUCAGUUUCGAUAUCGAUUCCAUCGAUUCUUUGGAAGCUCCCAGUACCGGAACGCCGGUACGAGGCGGUCUGACUUUACGCGAGGGAAUUCAUCUGAUGGAAAUUGUGCACAAGACGGGUCGACUGAACGCGAUCGAUUUGGUGGAAGUCAAUCCGAGCAUAGGCACGGGUCACGAUGUUGCCUUGACUGUGUCCGCUGCCACCCACAUAAUUACGGCGGCUUUCGGAUACAGUAGAAAGGGUUUAAGACCGAAAGUCCACGAUUUACCGAUUCAAACUCCGCCCAGUUCAAUGUAGGAUUAAGAUUAACUUGAAUUCGUUUCAAAUAAAUAUAAUGUGCAGGA